AGUGGUAACUGAACUACAAAAAGUCAACACAAGCUCACUAAGAGUGCCUAUUCACGUCAAAGCCCGGUCGAAAGCUGUGACGUGCUCUUCUCACCUACCGUGAAAGGAGUAUUUCUUUCGUUAAAUAAUUUAAAGCAGAGAAAAUGAAUAAUGAAUAGGGGAAUUUAAGUGGUGAAGUACUGACUUGUGAGAUUCUACAUCAGACAUUUUAGCGCACAUUUGGGUGGAUCUCAGGAAGUAAAUCGGAACACGUGGGGAUACCGUCUAACAAAAAGUCAAAAAUGAAGGCGAUGGCUCCAUCUCUGGCGCAGGCGUACGGGCGGCGCUGGUGGAUGGCGAUCACCGCGGUGCUGGAGAACCUGCUGUGCUCCGCGGUGCUGCUGGGCUGGGGCUCCCUGCUCAUCAUGCUCAAGCACGAGGGCUUCUACUCCCACCUCUGCACAGGUAAUGAGUCAGUCGUGAUGCUCACUAGCACCUCUGGGAACUGGUCGAGUUGCGUGUCCCAGGAGGAGAUGCUGAACCUGGGCUUCACCAUCGGCUCCUUCCUCCUGAGCGCCACCACCCUGCCUCUGGGCAUCCUCAUGGACAGGUUCGGGCCUCGCCCGCUACGACUCAUGGGCAGUGCUUGCUUUGCUCUUUCCUGCGCAAUGAUGUCUUUGUCAUCAACUGACCCCGCAGUGCUCUCUGCACUCAUCUUCCUGGCUCUGUCCCUCAAUGGCUUUGGAGGAAUAUGCCUGACAUUCACCUCACUGACGUUGCCCAACAUGUUUGGCAGUCUGAGCUCCACCAUCAUGUCCCUGAUGAUAGGCUCCUACGCCUCCUCCGCGGUCACCUUCCCAGGAGUCAUGCUGAUUUAUAAUGCAGGUGUAUCAUUCCGCGUGAUCAUGUGGGUUUGGUCAGGCAUCGCUGGCUUGGCCUUCCUGAACUGUGUCCUGAACUGGCCCACGGAGGGGUUCCCUACCCCAGAGGAGAUCGAGUACAAGAAAGCGCUGAAGCAGAAUGAGAAUGUCUCACUGGACCAGAAGUCAGGAGAUCCCAACCACUCCACAGAGAAAGCCUCCACCAUCGCCCCACCAGACGCCGUGCCGUUCCGACGCUCCGUCUUGACCCCCAUCUUCGCCUGGAGUCUGAUCACCAUGGCGAUGUCCCAGCUGCGCAUCAUCUUCUUCAUGGGCGCGAUGAACAAGAUGCUGGAGUGGAUGGUGGCCCACGGAGAACCCAACCCUUCUCACGAAUUGGUGGAAGACAUUGAUCACAAGGUCAGCUACUACGCCUCCAUCUUUGGCACUCUGCAGCUGCUGUGUCUGCUCACCUGUCCUCUGAUUGGCUACAUCAUGGACUGGAAGAUGAAGGAGUGUGGGGAUGAGAAGAGCGGCGGUGGCAGCGCAGAUCAAUGGUGAGAGGGAAAGGGCUGGAA